UCUGUGGGCGGAUCUAUCGGACUUCCCUGUGCUGUCGCUUUCGAUUGUAGCGUAAUUAUCAGCUGUACGUGCGCAGCGACCUGACAGACCUUAUCGCUGAGUGAGGGACUGACAGUGACCCAGCGGCGCACUGAAACCUGCUCCAGUCACUGCAGACCACAGCAUGAGUGUCAGCUCAACACGGAGCAGCGGGGAAGACCUCGACGAGCUGGAGUCAGUCAGCUGGUAUCAUUAUGAUUUGUCCCGGCAUGCAGCUGAAGCUCUUCUCCUUUCGAAUGGGGUGGAUGGGAAUUUUUUACUCAGAAACAGCAACAAAGGGCUUGACUGCUUUGCUUUAUCUGUCCGAGCAAAGGAUUCAGUGAAACACUUUCAUGUCCGGCGGCAGUUUGGCAAAUAUUCCUUUGGCUUCAAUGAAUUUCCUUCCCUUCAAGAUUUUUGCAGUCACCUUGCCAAUCAGCCGCUGCUAGGCAGUGACACAGGAAACCUGAUAGUGCUACGGUUCCCAUACCCACGGCAGGUGGAAGAACCAUCCAUUUAUGAGACGGUGUGUGUGCAUACGGCCAUGCAGACAGGCCGGCAUGAAAACGACCUAGUGCCUAAUGCUCCAGCACUUGGCACUAAAGAAGGCUAUCUGGUUAAACAAGGAGCGAUCAUCAAGAACUGGAAGCAGAGAUGGUUCACACUGAACAGAAAUGAACUUAAAUAUUUUAAAGAUAAAAUGUUUGUAGAGCCAAUACGAACCCUGAAUCUGACGGAGUGCUCUGCUGUGCAGUUUGAUUACAGUCAGGAGAGGGUUAACUGCUUCUGUCUGGUGUUCCCCGAGAGGACGUUUUAUUUGUGUGCAAAAUCUGGUGCUGAGGCAGAUGAAUGGAUUAAAAUACUACGAUGGAAACUGUCCCAGAUAAAGAAAGGACGAUGAUGUUCAACAUGGAGAGAAGUAGUAGCGGAGCAAAUGCGAGCUGUGUGCAGUUAUAUAUUAUUAUCUGAUCCUCUGUGAUCUUGGCAUCAUGGUUAUACAACUGAUCACAUCUUAAAUAUAUUUUGGGCAAUGUAUAACACAAGUUUUUACAUCUAAGAGAAGCACAGUCCCAAGGCACCAUGCUAUUGUGCUUUAUAAAGGUAUCUGGAGGUGGUGCACUACCAGUGUUGAGAUUAUAAUUGACAACAGUUUUUUUUUUCUUUCAUAUUGUGUUGGGUUGAGCUUUCACUUCUCAUUCUUCUCCAACCUCAAGUUAAACUGCGUGACUGCUUUUAAACAUAUGUACAUUCCUCCUUAUAUACUGUACAUGUUUCCAGUUUUGUUUGUUGAAUCCUUUGGAUGCAGUAAGCUUUUUCUAGAAUAGAGAGCUGCUGUAAUUACAUAUUUUUGUAGGCCAACCUGGAAGCUAGAAUCACCCUGGUUCCCUCGACAAAAACCCAACAGGAACUUUCCAUUAGCUUUUGGAUUUGUUCAUCACAAUAAGCUUAAUAAAUAAACACAACGUAUGUAUUUUAAAGCUUAAAUAUAAUCAGUGGAAAUAAAAAUCCAAAUGUAGGCUAUAAACAAACAUCACCACUACUAAUAAAAAAUAUUUUCCCUGAAAGUUAAGAGUUAGAAUAUCUCACAGGAGUGGAAUUAUAUACACUACAUGACGAGGCUGAUUAGAUGAGUCUGCUUGUUUGGUUUAAUAACGUUUUAUGUCCCCUACAACCUUUGUAGACCAAAACGUGGGAAAAAAAAACUAAAACUAACCACAAACCUUAUUUCAGGCCUUUAACCAAAACCCCACUCAAAAAACCCACUGACUUCAGCAUGAUGGAACUGAAAGUGCUAAAAUGCUAACUUGUUACUGGUUUUUAGGCUAGAAAAAUACUUAAUCACUGCAGCACUCUGUAGAUCACCAAAGUAAUUUAUAAUAUGCUACUUCUGUUGUGAUGUGUUAACUUAAAAUGAACACUCAUGUUGUUUAGAAACAUGUACAUAAUACGUGUUUUCAAACCAAGAUUCCCCUUUUGUAAAAAUGUUUUUAAAAAAGUCAAUAAAUAAAAUUUAUUUUUGUAAACCAAA